AUGGCAGAGGAAGAUGAUUUCCCGGUUGUCAUGACCAGCAUCCUCCGACAAAGGCAAGUAUGGACACUCACUGUACCGAUCAUAGGUGUGGCGUACUCAAAGACGGGCACAUACGUACAUUUCUAUUGUGGGUGGUUAGAAAAUGAUGCAGCCUCGGAGAACGUCCUACUUCCAGUCCACAUCGGCAGCCUGGGACCAGAUGCAUUUCUUGAUUUGGCUUUGCCUCAUGAAGCAUUAGUACUAUCUCGAUUUAUCCUUACCCUACAAGGCUUACUGUCGAGAGUCACCACGAUCGUCAAGGAAACAGUGCCACAUCUAGUCGAGGAUAUCUGCCGAGACUGUGUUCCAUUGUGGCGCCUUGAUACCAGUUUGAUCCCAGAUUCUGUUGUCACGGGUGAAGACUGUUUCCACAGAAUUCUGUCAUGGACGGAAGCGCUUGGGUAUAAAUAUGAGGACGAUAAGUCUCAAGGUUCAAGCCAUGGGAAGUCCCGAGAGCCAGUUAAGAAUGCGACUCGUCAAGGAUCCCUCGGUUCUGCGAAGUCCACAUCGAGCCAGCAGCGGAAGUUACCCGGCAACGCCACAGAUGUGCAUCAUGAUACGUCAAGCGAUCAGAAAUUAGAAACACGUGCCAAGCCUUUUAUGCUAGCCACAAAGGCUAUGUCAUGUUCUGAAUUUGCCGGAAACGCCGCGAAAGAUGAACAAAGUAAUAUUAUGUUCGAUUAUAUGUUUGACCGUCAUGCCACGCCUCGUCCAAUCUGGUUCAAUCCAGUUGUGGCAGAAACAUGCAAAGAAUUCCUAGGGCCCAUGUGGCCCAAGAACUGGAAGACAGUCGGUGAUUUACCUUUUGCAGACGAAUACCUCAGCUCCUACAAAGAUGAGCUCCUGCAUGAAGUUGACACUCUCGGAAUGGAUUGGCCGGACGUCCCCGAAGAAAUCCUUCCUUUGCUUAGAGGUCACUUCUCCACUAUUCUCAGGGCAACGAUGUAUCAGCAAAGAUACGCAGCUUCAGUCAUUCCAGUCCCUGAGGUGUCGUGGCGUGCCGACUUCGAUUGUUUAUUCCGAGACUUUUUUACCAGCGCGAUUGCCGGUCAACCCAGUUUGUUCACUGAAAGAGCUAAUGUUGUCCGUGACUUACAACCUCUCAGGGUCGCCGCAAUAGAGACUAUGAUUGCAUUGCCUAGGAGUCUCGCUCUGGAUUACCAUGGAACGAAUGCUGCUCGGUACUCCCGCCAUGUCCAAGAAGUCCCCGAGAGAUACUUUGACGAACUGUAUCGGCUCAGCGAGGAAAAACGUGCAGAGGAGACCACGAACAGACACCAGGUUGAAGCUCAUGUUGUGCGGUGGGAAUCACGCCAAACGCUCCAAGACUUACUAACUCGUUUCUCCGACUCCCCCCUUCGUGGAAAGUGUGAUGGCCUCGGUGUCCUUCAAGUUGAUCUGCCCGUGAAACGGAUCUUGCUCAAUAAAUUCCAGCUUGCCGCAGUGGCCAAACCAAAGGCCAAGAAAGACGUGGCAUCGCACUUCCCUUUCCACCGGCCGCAGACUGCAGACGGCCCUGCAGCUCAUGCACGCGUGUUGGACCUUCGGCGAGAGGGCUCGAGGAACGUUGCAUCUAGCUCUGCGUCCCAGAAGACUCCGUCCACUGACAAGCUAUACGACGAAUCUCCAGGCAACCGACUCAAACAAGAGAUGCGGAAAAUGCAUGCUCGCCGUCAGUGUUUGACAUCUGGGCAAUCGUCGAAGGCAAAGAAUCCGAAGGUUGGGCCAGCUUCUAUACUGCAGCUCCCUGUCUUCUCUCUCGAGUACAAGAAGGAUCACACUGACAUCGCGAAGGGUCACAAUCAGACUAGGAUGUACUCCGCUGCCUUGCUGAGAUUCCUAGAGGCUGCUGGUAUCAUCAAAUAUCCGGUCUUCGCUGGGACGACGGAUGGCCCAGUAAUCAAUCUGUCUGCCGCAUGGACAGAUGACAAUCGAGUUGAACUCUUUGAGCGUCAAGCAGAACGGAUAAACCUCACCGUUGCUAUAGGAUCAUGGCAUUAUGCAACUGUUCUGGCUCGCCUUGCAAUGCUCCAUGCGAAGACGCUGUACGAGAAGUUCAACACGCCAGAGAUCAAGGACAAGCUCGUUGAGAAACUCAACUCCGAGUCGCUGGGGAUAGAAAACGAUGUCACUCUUCGAUGGCGGCUAGAUCAUCAGUUGGCGGAGUUGUUAGGCGACGGCGUGGUGAAAAGGCGCCAAAGAAACGGGAAGACUCAGGUUGGAGAGGCACAGAGAAAGCGUCCGGAUGUAGGCGAAGGAGGAGAGGAAGAAGCCAAGAGGGAAGAGAAGCAAUGGGAGGAAGAGGAGGAAGACGAAGAGGAGGAAGCUGAAGAGGAGGAUGAAUUAGACACAGAGGAUUAUGUGUGGGAUGCAGAUAGCUUAAAGGACGCGCGGGGGCCUUGA